GUCUCCUGCCAUUGCCUGGCUCAGCCUGAUUCCCCCCCCCCCCUUUUACUGAAGGCGAGCAAAAAAGCUAAACCCUGCUGCCAGCGCCAAUCCAGGAGGCGCUGAUCUGAACGGGUCAAAGGAGAUAUUUUCUUUUUCCUGCGGGGGGAAAAAAGCCCUGAUUUCCGGUCACCCCGCUGUCGUGUCGAGUCCCUCCCCCCAUCUCCCCGCUUUCAGGGGUGCAGGAGAAGGUUGCUGACAGCUCCUGGGGCGAGGGGGGAGGGGCAGCUCUUUGUUCCCCUCGGAUUUGGGGAGCAGGAGGGAAGCCCGGGAACGGGCGGCAGAAUGGAAAUGUACAAGGACUUGCUGCAGUGACAGCUCCCCGGGUGCUGUGUGCCUGGCGGAGGGAAGGGGAGGGAGGGGGAGCAGAGGACCAAAUGACUGGGAGGAAGCGAGACAGCAGCAGCAGCCGCCGCUGCUACCGAGAGAGGAAGCGGCUGAGCCCUGCCGAUCCCUGGCUUGAGCAGCGGGCAGCCGCUCCCCCGGCUAGCUGGGCUGCGAUGGCAUCCGCCGCUGGCCUUCAGGAUGGCCCCCGUCCCUAGAGCAGCGGGGCGGCCGGCGGGGAGCCCCCGGGGGAGCCGGCUCACCAUCGCGGCGGCGGCUCUGUGUCUGUUGCAUGGGGGGCUUUGGCGCUCCGGCGGCCGCUCGCCGGGACUGAUGAGUGACUGCAGCCCGGCCCGGAGGAAGAUCUGCCGGGGGAGGAGGAGGAGGAUGGCGGCGGCGGGGCCGGUGUGUAAAUGUCCCCGGACCCGGUUGCCCGUCGGGGGGGCCAGUGCCUUGUGUGUCUUUGUCCUUUGCUGGCUCUACAUCUUCCCCGUGUACCGGCUGCCCGACGAGAAGGAGGUCGUGCAGGGGGUGCUGCUGCAGCAGGGCAAGGCGUGGAGGAGCAACCAGACCGCAGUCACCGGCUUCAGGAAACAGCUGGAAGACUGUUGUGACCCCGGUCAGCUCUUUGCUAUGACAAAACAGAACUCUCCGCUGGGAAAGAACCUCUGGUUUGAUGGGGAAUUUUUACAUUCUGUCACUAUUGACAAUGCAACUUACUCCCUUUUCCCACAGGCUACCCCAUUCCAGCUCCCAUUGAAGAAAUGCUCCGUGGUGGGAAAUGGUGGGAUUCUGAAGAAGAGUGGCUGUGGCAGACAAAUAGAUCAAGCAGAUUUUGUCAUGCGAUGCAACCUUCCUCCUCUGUCCAGUGAAUACACCAAGGAUGUUGGAUCCAAGACCCAGCUGGUGACGGCUAAUCCCAGUAUAAUUGAGAAAAGAUUCCAGAAUCUGCUUUGGUCUAGAAAAACCUUUGUGGAUAGUGUUAAAGUCUAUAACCAUAGCUACAUCUAUAUGCCAGCCUUCUCUAUGAAGACGGGGACAGAGCCAUCCCUACGGGUUUACUACACCCUGGAGGACUUUGGUGCCAACCAAACGGUGCUCUUUGCCAAUCCCAACUUCCUCCGUGACAUUGGCAAGUUUUGGAAGAGCAGAGGAAUCCAUGCCAAGCGGCUUUCAACAGGUCUCUUCCUUGUCAGCGCAGCCCUAGGUCUGUGCGAAGAAGUAACCAUCUAUGGCUUCUGGCCUUUUUCAGUGGACCUGCAUGGGAGGUUUAUCAGCCAUCAUUACUAUGACAACGUGUUGCCUGAUUCUGGGUUCCAUGCCAUGCCAGAGGAGUUUCUACAGCUCUGGUUUCUUCAUAAAAAUGGUGUAUUGAGAAUGCAGCUAGAACAGUGUGAGGCCCCUUUACUCCAGUCCUCUGCUUAAGGACCAUAAGGAAGGGCAUGGGGGAUCCUCUUCAUUAUAAUUUCCAUAUUCUCCAAAAAGAAAAUUAAAAGAGAAAGGGGAAAAUAUUUAUGGAUUUGCAGAAACCUUAAAGAUGCUACUUGUUCCAUUGAUAACGUGAAGGCCAAACAAGAGACACGUCCUUACACACAGUGUUAUGGAGAAAUAAGUAGCUCUCAUGGAAUUCACUACCACAAAAUUAUGAAAUUACUGUUGGAAGCAGCACCCCUGAACUUGAUUGGUUCCCAUUUUAAAAGAUCAAUUUAAAAGGGGCAUUAAGGGUUGGAUGGAGGCCGACUGUGCUAAAUGCUACUCGCUGUUGAAAGUCCAUUUAAUUCCAGAUUAGCACGACCCCCUUUCUUUCCUUCCUUUCUUACUACCUUCCUUCAAGCCAGGAGUGCUGAGUGUCACCAACUCCCAGUGACUUCAAGGGAAAGAACUAAGGGUGCUUAGACUCUGGUGAAACCGUGCCCAGUUUUUGUAAUAGAGCAAUCCCUGAAUAUUGGAAAACCCCUACCUAACUACAGUAUUUAGCAGUGGUAGUCCAGAACUCUGCAGUUUACAACCAUGUCAAUGUAGUAUUAUGGACUAGAGAUGGUUGAAAAAUGGUAAUACAUUUUAAUGAAACACUGGCAAAUUCUUUGGGAAAUGUUGAAGCUAAAAACAAUUCAAGUAGCUUGGUUUUGGCCCAUUGUUGUAGAAUAGUAAGUUUUGUAAUAAGGGCUGCUCCUGACCAAUUUACUGUACAUUCUUUGGGUAUCAUUCUGUAUUCCUUUUUACAUCAAAUGCUCAGUGAUCUCAAUGGGAGUUUGAGGCACACAAAGGUAUGCGGGCCCAGGUUCUUAAUUUGCUUGUAGCGCAGACGGUACGCAGUGAGUACAGGUAUCUUUUAAAAUUUGUUAAAACAAUGAAAAUUUUUUCCUUGAAGCGAUGUUCUGUUUCUGCGAUUAGAUCCCUUCCUGUUUGCGAUGCUGGCCGUAAAGUCUUAUUUUUUAUUUUUCUCCCCAGAUCAUCUCUUGUCCAAGAUAUUGUUUGGAAAAAAAAAAAAAAAAAAACCCAGCCCUUGGGAGCACUCUUUAAAAACUACAUAGUGAGCAAAGAUUAAAUGACCCUGUCAGGUGCUUACAUAACACAGUCACUGUCCUUGAAAUCAGUGAGUUAUGUAAGUGUGUACAUUUCACUUAGGCUGCUCUAGCCUUUUCAUCGCUUCACAGACUGUUUUCAUUUUGUUUAUUUCUCAGCUGGCCCAUGGUCCUGGAACCUUUCUAAUGCUGAGUAAAUUAGUACUCUUAUUUUUAGGACUGUGACAAAAAUAAAAUAUUGGAACGUCAUCUUUGUUGCAAUUUCGGCUGCAAGAUUAGCCUGUUAAAUUCAGAUCUGCAUCCUUGUUGCUCUCUACUCCAUCACUAGCAGCUACAAACUGUCAAAACAGCAAAAAACGAGAACAACAGACAUUGGCUUGCCACAAGUAUUUCCUAUGCUAUGCAUAUUAGUUCCAAACAGGCAACGCUUUGGUUUGGGGGGUUGGGGGUUGGGGGGGGGGGGGUAUGUCCUAUCAUGCUUUGAUGAUGUUUUUAUUUUUAGUGUCAGCUGCCUGCAAUAUAGAAAUAAUGGUUUAAAAAAUCCCUCAAAUGUCUGUGUAGGACAGAAACAGAGAAGUCUUCACACUUCUGAAAUUUUUAACUGUACCUUUCAGAAUAAAAUCAUUUUAAAGAUUAAUAUUCCAGAACAUGAAAUGGGCAUCAUUAUUUAGGUUUACAGUCCUAAAAGAAGGUGGGAGAUUAUUUGGCUUACAUAGUGUUUUAGAAAUUUGUAUGAUCAAAUUUGACUGGGUUCUAUAUUUUGCUUUAUCUUUGUCUAUAUUAAGAAGAUACAAUCAACAAAUCUGAUAGAAUGCUGCAUAACCUGGUAAUUCUUUCAUCUUGGACCUGUUCAUUUUAUUUAUGGAAGGGUAUUCAGUAAGGAAGGAUUUCAGAGAAUCAAAUAGUUUCUUUACUGCAAGUUGUAGCAAAUGUUAUUAAGCUGUUUUUCUCUUGGACCAGAAUAGAUAACUGUCGUUUUAUUGUACAUGUCAGGACUGCCAAAUAUUUCUUGAGAAAUUGCUGUCUGUAGGAAUGUGAAACAGUUUGGAAUUCUGUUCUCCCAUGCUUUGGGGAAAUAAUCUGAUCAGGGUCAUGAGAAAAUCAGUAUCUUCACUGGAAAACUUAGUAUGGUGGUUCAUACCUUAUGGCUUGGAGCUACCGAUGGGAUUCUCAGCAAUUGUCUUGUACAUGGGGGACAUCCCAUUCCCUCUCUGUUUUUAUUAAAAAAUCUUUUCCUAAUGAUCUCUAUGGGUCCUUCCUGACAUUUGAAAUCUAUCAUACUGAAUCCUGAGAGAUCUCCUAUAAAAUGCUGAGGGAACCAGGGAGGCCCAAGGUACACUUGGUACACUUAAAAUCUUCAUUCUGGUACUAGGACUAUUAACCAGUUCUAGCUAUAUUCCCUAUUUAAGAAUAAGGAAUAUUGCUGGACCCGGUAAUAUCUCUACCCAUAAAUUUCUAAAGGCUUAUCUACAUGAACACUUAGUUCACAACGAGCUGGCCUGUGAAUCUAUCCCCUGCUAACCCGACGCACACUAAGUGUCCAUGUAGACCCUGCUGCAGUGCACUAAAAGCUCCCUCAUGUGCUUUUGAUCUACCCUGAAGCAUAAUUAAAGUUCAGAAUUCCAGAUAUAGACUUCCUAUUUUAGGCUGCAUGGGUUUGUUUGUGUUUUUGUAGUGACCAGGCAGAAGGCUGCCAUGUUGCGGGAAAAGCUACCUGUCACUGUCCCAGUGGAAGAAAGGAAAACAUGGUUGCUGCAGCUGCUGUGUGAGAGGAGAGGAGAGGUUUAUAACAGAAAGGGAAGUCAUGCCACAAUGAAGAAGUUGAUGAAAUCCUAGGUCCCCUCUCAUAUAUCACCUCCAACAAGCUAAUAACCUGUGUUACUGUCUCCUUCAUGAAGGCAACUUCAUGCUUUAGGUAGAUGGUGGCGAUGAAGAAGAAGGCAUUUCACCCUUCUUCCCCUAGAUAACUACACUAUGUCUCUGCAGCAAGAGCUCUCUUGUGGAUGGUAGAAUCUUGUUAGGCCAUUGCACUUGGUAUUUGUAAAAGUGAGGGCCUCCUUGUCACACAGUUUGGUUCAGUUGGUGAGGUUUGGGAGAGCUCACAUAGAGUUCCUGUUGACGCCACUAUGGAUUAAGGGUAGACUGUCUCUCUAAGGAACUCUCUUUUAAGUUGCUUUAAAAUUUCAGUAGUUUGUGGUUUCGGGAAAUAGGGACAACAUAACUUCAGAGGGACACAACAAACUUCUCCUCUUGGUUCUGCAGGGAGGAACUCUAUUGCAGGGGUUGGCCACCUUCGGCAUGCGGCCCAUCAGGGUAAUCCGCUGGUGGGCCGUGAGACAUUUUGUUUACAUUUACGGUCUGCAGGCACGGCCCCCUGCAACUCCCAGUGGCCGCGGUUUACCGUUCCCGGCCAAUGGGAGCUGUGGGAAGCACUAGUCUGGCACUAAAAACAAUCUGCAGUGCAGUCUGAGUCUUGUUUUUUCAGAUGAUCUGUAUAAAUUUACAGUACAGGUUAUGCAGAUCUACUGUUUUCCUAUUUAAGGGCCUGAUCCAAUGCCUACUAAAGGCAAAGGGAGUGUUUCCAUUGACUGCAAUGGGCAUUGGAUCAGGUCCGAAAUAUAUAAAGUGGAGAACAUUUUAAAGUAUCAUAGUAACAAUAUAUGAACCUUUAUUUCUCGCUCAUGUUUUCCAUCAUUUUCUUUGCCAUUUCAUCUAGAUAUCAGAGUAUGCUUAUAAUGAAUAUCCCCAAAUUUUGCAGCAUCCCUUUUGUAAGCUGUAGUGUUUUGGACCAUUAUUCUACAGUAUUGCCGUAUGUAUUAUAAAGAAUAUUUGGGAUAUCUUCAUUUUAGCUCAUUGCUGCCUUCUGCUUGAGUUUGCAGUUAGUCAACAAGGAGUUUGUAACAUCACAGUCAUGGCUCCGGGAAUAGACUGUGAUGUCUCAGAUGUACCCCUAUAGGCUUCAUUCACUCCACUGGAUAGGUGACAUUUGCACUGCUGCCUUCACCCAGUAAUUUCUCCAUGGAAGGGCAGCUUUAAGUUGUUGCUGGGGCUCCGUGGGAGUCCUGUUGGCAAAUACUUCCUGGGAGAUGUGCUGAAUUUGGCACUGUGUCCAGUGCCAUCCAUUUUUUGAGCUAUGUUAUCUACCACUCUGUCCCUUUGUGGAAUGAUGGCUCUGGACGCCAUGUGAUGCUGUUCCCUUCCUGCUUCUAUACAGACUUUCCUUCUCUGGAUGCCCAGGUUUUAAUCUCUCUGGGCUGGUCUACACUGUGGAGUGGGGGAUCGAUCUAAGAUACACAACUUCAGUUACGCU